GUCAUCUCCUCCCACACUCCUACCUUAUGACCCUGGGAUUGUUAGACUACCUCACUUCCUUCCUUCUGUGAACUUUCAUCUUAAUUCAGGCUCUUCUUUAAUUCUGAAGCUUCCUAUGCACCAAUAGCCAGCCCAAUGGGAUUGAAUUCAAUUGAAUUUAUCGAACACCUAUUACAUUCAAGGCCUUGUGAUAGCAAUCAGGACAGCAUUAUGAUUUCUGGAGGCUCUAGGCACUUUUGCUUUGUCAGCCCCCAUUCCUCAAAAAUAUUAAAAGUUUUAUUUUAAGGCUGCAUUGGCAUAAAGAUGAAUAUAAUCUUUGAUCCUAAAAGUUCAUUUUUUUCUUCUAAUUUUAAAAGAAACAAAAACAUUUUCAUGGUCCCUUCAAUGUAUUAUGGGCCCUAGGCACUGUGCCUACUAUGCGUUAUGGGUAAGUCAGCCCUGCUCAGAAUGUAUUAAUAUGGAGAAUAAGAUGAAGACUGCUCCAUAAGGCUGUAACACAGGGUGGUGUGGCACUUGUGCCAAGUGCCAUAAGAGAGGCAGAAAACAAGCACCACAAGUGUUCAAAGAGGGACGAUGAGAAAUCCCAUCUGGUUGGAAGAGAGAUCAAGGAAGAAUUCUUGGAAGUGAUGGCUUUAGGAAAAAGGAUUUUACCAUGCAGGGAUGAGAGGGAAGACUUCCCAAGAAGUGACAACAGCCUGAUCAAAAGCAUGGUGCAAAUAUGGGGAAUAGUGACUGGUUCUAGUUUGAAAGGAGUAUGAGCUUUUUUGUGGGGGUGGGUGGGGGAGACAUGACAUAAGAGUAGGAAGAUGUAUUACUAGAUCCAGACUGUGGAAGUUCUUAAGUGACACAGUGAAAAAUUUUCACGUGGUUUGGCAGGCAGUGGGGAGUUACUGAAGGUUUUUGACCUAGGCUGAUAUGAUUGAAGCUGUGCUUAAGGAAAAUAACUCUGGCUUCAGUGUGGGUGAUAGUUUGGAGAAGUGAGGCUGAGGACAAUGGAGUCUAGAUAGAUAAAAGGUUAUUGCCUGAGUCCAGGUAAGAAACAAUAAGACCUAAAGUACAGUAGUGGCAGCGGGAAUGGAGAAGGCUGGAUAGAUGUGAGACAUAUUUGGGGUAGAAUAGGCAUGACCGAAGGUUAAUAAAUAUAUAUUGAAUUAAUGAAGGAAGGAAUAAAUGCUGAUACUUUUAAUAAUGCCUCUUAGUUGUGUAUUCCCAUCUCAACUCCAAGAAUUGUUGUUGUGUGCCAUUGAGUCAAUUCUGACCCAUAGCGACCCUAUAGGACAGAGUAGAAUUGCCUCACAGGGUUUCCAAGAGGUGAAAUCUUUACAGGAAUAGAUGGCUCAGCCUUUUUCCCGCAGAGCUGCUGGUGGGUUUGAACCACCAACCUUUAGGUUAGCAGCUGAGCACUUAAUCAUUGCACCACUAGGGCUCCUUACUCCAAGAAUAGGCCCAGACAAAGGAGAUAGUCCAACGAAGGUUUUCUAUCUCUAGACUCUCUUCAUUAGCAAGAUUUGUGCUAUGGAAAGGAUACAAGGAUACAAACAGGAAAGUUUCUUUCUGAGGAAUCUGGGUAUCCUACUGCCUGACUCAUUCCUCUCCUUACCUUAUUCUAUGUACCAUCUAUGGCCACAAUGAAGCGAGUCUAAUUUUCACAACAGGCUCAUGAAAUCAGCCUCAUUACUUUCUAGUCACACCUUUCGGUCUCCCAAAGAGCAGUGAGAAGAACACAUGUUCUAAUCACUUUCUAAUUAACCAAAUUUGGCUCCCAAGUAAGGAUCUGGCACAAGGUUUGUGUCCAUGUGUGCAUGGUGUGUAUGUGUGCCCCUCCAUUCCAAAGCCAAAUCUCAAGUGAUGUUUGCAUUAUUCACUUGUUUCAUUUCAGCUCCACUUUUUCUCCUCUCCAUCGAUGGAGAUAAUUGGGAGUUGACUCUAGUUUGUAUCCCAAUCAAAAAUGUUAGGAACGCACAACUAGAUGGUGCCCAGCUACCACCACUGGCUGUUCUGACAGGGAUCACAAUAGAGGGUCCUGGACAGAGCGAGAGAAAAAUGUAGAACAAAAUACAAACUCACAAAAGACCAGACUUACUGGUCUGACAGAGACUGGAGAGACCCCGAGAGUAUGGCCCCUGGACACCCUUUUAACUCAGUACUGAAUUCACUCCUGAGGUUUACCCUUCUGCCAAAGAUUAGACAGGCCUAUAAAACAAUAACACAAGCAGUCCAGCCGUGUAUACGAGACUAAAUGGGCACACCAGCCCAGGGGCAAGGACGGUAAGGCAGGAGGGGACAAGAAAGCUGGAUAAAUGGAAAUGGGGAACCCAAGGUUGAGAAGGGGAGAGUGUUUACACAUUGCAGGGUUGGCAACCAAUGUCACGAAGCAAUAGGUUUAUUGUUUAAAGAGAAACUAAUUUGCUCUGUAAAAUUUCACCUAAAGCACAAUAAACAACAACAAAAAAGUUAAGGAGACUCCAGAAGCAGGACUGUAACCCCUACUGUUAUGCGCUACCUUUAUCUAGGGGACUUGAGCAGAAGACUGCUUUUCUUUGUGUGCUUUUUCUUUUUUCUAUGAAACAGACGUGGGAGUUUGAGGACCAGUGGGUGCACUACACAGAGUUUAUAGAGAGAAAAGACUUACAUCACACCUUCCUCUACAACUAUUGUGUACGCUGGAGUGUUCCAACGGCUCGGAGGCCCAUCCCACACAUCUUUGCUGGGGUCGACUUCACCAUCAAGUUCAGUAAAGGCAAACCUCCGGAUGCACCUGUUGAAGUCUUUUAUAUUUUUGAGGACCAUAAAUUAGUUCACAGACCAGGAACAUAUCGCUUUCGAGAACAAUGGCUGAGAGACAUUAUUGAGUGCAAACACAGUUUAUUGGCGUCAAUCCCCGUCUAAUUCAAUUGUGUCCAACUCUUAAUGGAA